AAUAUUGGUGCCAAAUUAGCUAUCUUCCAGUCAUUAGGUACAGAAGCUGAUUUAAAGGACACAUUACCAUGGCAUCUUCCAGCCCAAUUUUAUAUGGUGAAUUGGAGAGGUUGCAAGGACAGAAGCCAGCAGGUCACUCUCGUGUUUUCUUCAUUAUGCUGCAUCUGUUGAAAGGAUGGAUGGUCGGUCAGGAGGAUAAAUUGUCGGCCAAGUAGGUGUAGUACUGGAGUGUCUCCAUAGCCCACUUUAUAGCCAGACACUUUUUGUCAACCACUGCAAAUUUCUUCCCUCUCUGAAGGAGUUUUCUACUGAGGUAGAAGACUGGUUGUUCUUCAUCUCCAGCCAUCUGAGAGAGGGCAGCUCCCACUCCUACCUCAGAUGCGUCUGUCUGCAGAAUUAAUUCCUUAUUAAUGUACGGAGCUAUAAGUAUAGGAUUACUACAGAGGGCUGUACGUAGAUCCAUGAAUGUUUUCUUUACUGCACUGGUCCACUACACCAUGUCAGGAGCCUGGGAUAUUAUCAGGUCCAUUGGGAUAUUUGCUUUGGUAGCAAAAUGGGGGACUAAUAGUUUAUAGUACUUCACCACACCGAGGAAUGCUUGGACUUGUUUUUUCCUGUUUGGCUGUGGCUGAUUUUGGAUGAUCUACAGCUUGUUCGCUUGGGGUUUAAUUACUUCCCUUACUACAAUAUAGCCAAAGUAUUUAGCUUUGGCCUAUAGCACCCUGGGCUUGGUUAGCCUGCCUUAAGAUAUCCAACACUGCUUCCACCAGGUAAGUCUCCUAGUUGGGUGUAUGGAUUCCAGUAAAUCUCCCAGUUAGGUGUACAGAUGAUUACAGUGUGUGGUACGCUGCCACAUAACUGAUAUAGGGGCAUAGGAGCUUGUUCAUGAGACAUUCGAAGGUGGCAGGUGACCUGUGCAAUCUGAAAGGGAGAACAGUAUACUGGAACAGUAUACCCAUUUUUUUCUUUUGCCUCCUUGGCCAAAAGGACCUGCCAAUAACCCUUUGUUAAACUGAGAGCAGUUAGAAAACAUGUAUUGCUCAGGUGGUCCACCAACUCAUCAGUGCAGAGUAUGGGAUGUUCAUCAAAUUUGGAUACCUCAUUUAACUGCCUAAUGUCAUUACAAAAACUAGUGGUGCUGUUAGGCUUAGCACCAAAACAAUUGGACUAGACCAUUCACUGUGGGAUUCCCACCUCCAACAACAUCUUUACUUUGGCUCUAAUUUCCUCCCUCUUUGCUCCUGGCACUCGUUAGGGUAUUAGUGUUACCUUGAUUUCAGGGUUUGUGGUAAUGUGAUAAGCCUUGGUCAUUCGGCCUGGCUUAUUUGAGAAUAACUCCUGGUACUGGCUGAUCAUCUUUGCUACUUCAUUCUUCUGGCGUGGUGACUGCUCAGAGGAUAUCUUGGUCUGCUUGGGUAAGGAGUCUUCCUGGAUUGGGACCUCUUGUGUCACCACACGUCUCUUGGGGUUGCCAAAGUUUUAAGAGAUUCACAUGGAAAUUCCAUUCUUCUUUCUGGCACCCUGGCUGUUGCACCUUGUAGUUUAUGGCUUACCCGCCUGGGCCUGCAUCCCUGAACAGGCUGGGAUUUCUUCCUUCAGCCAGGGGUACUUGGCUGCAUCUUCGGCAGGCAAAUCAUAAUAGGCUGUUUGGGCCUUACAACAGAGAAAUGGGUCCAGAAGCUGCUCUAACCCCGCUGUGCUACUGGUGGUGGCACUGAAGGCCACCAGGGGGCCGCCUGGGAGCUACAAGCAGGGUCAGGGUGUGCGAUUGCAUGGGCCAGGAGACACAUGGUGGGGGUAGGCACAGACACAUCCCACAGACCUGCCAGAGGGGAAUGCCUCUCUCGCCCAUUAGGAGGAUUUGAGGACUGGCACUGGCCCUAAGGUAAAUUGAGUUUGAGAUGCCGGGAAUAGAAUAUCAUAUUUUUUCCCUGUUAGGAGAGAAAAGAUGGUCCGAUGGCUUUUAUGCUGGUCUGGUACUUGAGAGAUGUGGAUUAAUCUUCCUGUUGUGCCACAGAUUUCUUGUGUGAUCUUGGAUUUUUCAAAGAACUCCAAUAGCCUAAUUUUUUUCCUCUGCAUGGUAGUUGGUGAUGAAUCCUGAAUUUCCCUUUAAAUUAUGAUGUCUUUUUAAAGAUAAAUGGGUAUGCUUGACCUAACCCUGAACUAAAGCAGUUCCAUGUCUUGUUUGGAUUGUUCCUGUAUUCUGCGGACAACUGUUGAAUCAAUCAGACCAGAAAAGCAAUGUGAAAAUAGCAUCCAUCAAUAUUUGGCAGAUGAACCGGAGUUAUCCUGGAUUCAUCCAUCUGGAAGAGAUGAAAUGUCACUUUGUUCUCCUGAUGUCUCACAUUAUGAACUCCAGGUGGAAAUAGGAAGAGGAUUCAACAAUUUAACUUCAAUCUACCUUGCUCGGCACACACCUACAGGAGCACCUGUGGCUGUAAGGAUCACAGACUUAGAAAGCUGUUCUGAAGAACAUUUGAAAGCUUUACAGAGUGAGGUGGUGCUAUCCCACUUUUUCCAGCACCCCAAUAUAAUGACACUUUGGACAGUGUUUACUGCUGGCAGCUGGCUUUGGGUCAUCUCUCCAUUCAUGGCUUACAAUUCAGCUAGCCACCUACUAAGGACCUACUUUCCUGAAGGAAUGAGUGAAGCUUUGAUAGGAAACAUUCUGUUUGGUGCAGUUAGAGGGUUAAAUUACAUGCACCAAAAUGGUUACAUUCACAGGAAUAUUAAAGCUAGCCACAUUCUGAUUUCAGGGAAUGGUCUAGUUUCUCUGUCUGGCUUAAACCAUCUUUACAGUUUAAUUAACAAUGGACAGAGGUCAAAGGUUGUGUAUGAUUUCCCCCAUUUUAGUACGUCAGUGCUUCCUUGGCUGAGUCCUGAGCUACUGAGACAGGAUUUGUAUGGAUAUAAUGUGAAGUCUGACAUUUACAGUGUGGGGAUAACAGCAUGUGAAUUAGCCAAUGGAUAUGUACCAUUUCAAGAUAUACCUCAUGCAAAGAUGCUGCUUCAUAAGCUGAAAGGUCCGACUUACUGUCCUUGGGAUAUAAACACCUUUCCAUGUGGGGAAUCCAGAAUGAAGAACUCCCAGUCAGGUGUAGAUUCUGGGAUUGGUGAAAGUAUGACACACACAAUGACUAGUGAGAGGUUGCAAACUCCAUCCUCAAAAACAUUUUCUCCUGCUUUCCAUAACUUGGUAGAACUCUGUUUGCAACAGGACCCUGAAAAAAGGCCAUCAGCAAGCAGUUUGCUGUCUCACACUUUUUUCAGACAGGUAAAAGAACAAACAAGGAGUUCCUUACUUUCACUGUUACCACCUCCUGUUCAACAAAACAGACCACAAUUCCUGCCACUGCCCUCAAGAGCAAUCAGGCCUGAGCUUGGAUGUAUUUGCACAAAUGAAAGACAGACAGAGUGGAAUUUUUAAAACAGUGAUAAACCAUCAUACCUCCUCAAUGCUUCAAAGAAGGAAAAUGUGAUUUCUACUUGCUGUUUUUCUCUGUACUGGUUUAAGUACAAAUACGAGAGCUAUACUUGAACACCUAGCACUGUAAAAUGCAGUAGGCCUCACACUGCAGAAAAAGCCCAUCUUAAAACUAUUGAUGCUUAUUAUCCUUCUCCCUAUCCCCUUCGACUGAUAUCCCUUAGUAGUCUCCUUCUAUAGACUGAUCUACUAUUGUACGUAUUCAUAGAAUUUCUACUUGAAGAAUAUUGCAAUCAAGUGCCAUCUGAAUUCCCAAGUACUGCACCACUACAUUCAGGGUCAUAUGGAGCCUUUGGCCUUCAACUGGUUUGUUAAUCCCAGUAUUGGGGUAUCAACUCUUUUACUGCAUUGCCCUCAAAGGAUCUCAGUGUUUUUGGUAACCUUUUAGAGGAUGCACUUUUGGCCAUUGAUAAAGGACUUUAUUAAAUCUAUUUCUAUGUGUAUAAAUGCCACAGUUUGUGCAUCGCCUCAUCUUAGUUGAUUUUGCGUGCUAUUCCACUGACACAUGAUGGAAAUCUUGCAUUUUAAGACUUUAUCCUUUUGGUUUUAUGUAACUCACCGGAGUCACUUUGGCAGCUUAAUAUUGUUGUCUAGAGAAAUUUAUACAUUUUGCAACUGAACACUGACUCUUCCAGAGUAGCAGUAGUUGCAUCUGCCUUAAUACAGGAUUGUGCAUUGGA